CUGUUGAUUAACAACUUUUCAUCACCUAGAUAUAUAAAUGCUCAAACUCACAAAGCCCACCGACACAUCCCAAAAAAUGGUAAUUUUCGGCGACUUGUCGUCUACUGAAGCUGCUCUCACUAUGGCUGCAGCAAUCUUCUUCUUCUUCACCUUCUUCAUCAACAAAUGGAUGAAAUUCGAAACGAAACUGCCACCUGGCCCCAAAACACUUCCUAUAAUCGGAAACCUGCACCUCAUCAGCUCCCCUCCCUACCACUGCUUCAGGGAACUAGCCGACCGCUACGGCCCCAUCAUGUACCUCAAACUCGGCGAGUCCCCGGUCGUGGUGGUGACGUCGCCGGAUAUCGCGAAAGAAAUGCUGAAAGAUCUCGACCCCAGCUUCGCCGGCAGACCGCAGGGCGUGGCCAUGGAGAUCAUGUGGUACGGCUACCAGAGCAUCGCCUUCUGCCCCUACGGCGACUACUGGCGGCAAAUGCGGAAGAUCUGCAUCAACGAGCUUCUCAGCCCUAGAAUGGUGCGCUCCUUCCGAUCCAUCAGGAGAGACGAGGCCGCUCGCUUGGUCGAUUCCUUGCGGGAAUCUUUUGGAAGCUCCGUGAAUCUAACGGACAAAAUCUUCACCUUCUCCAACUCCAUCACGUGCCGAACUGCAUUUGGCGGCGUGUGCAAUGAUAGAGAGGGUUUCAUUAAGGUGAUGAUGGAGACGCUGAGGAUGGCCGGAGGGUUUGAAAUCGAGGAUAUCUUCCCGUCUUCGAGGAUUGUGAAGGCGCUGAGCUGGAGCAAGACGAGGCUGAUGAAGAUGCGGAGCAAGCUCGAUGCGAUUCUCGAUGAUGUUAUUGAUGAGCACAGGGAGAAUCUCUCGAAGAUGGUGGCGCAGGAGAUUCCGGGAGAUUCUGGGCGGAGAUCCGGGAAUGGUGAGUUUGGGGGGGAGGAUUUGGUUGAUGUAUUGCUGAGAAUGAAGGAGGGAGGAGCUGAGGAGCUCAAGAUUCCUAUCGACGGUGACAAAAUCAAAGCGAGUUCGAGGGACAUGUUUUCAGCUGGAACUGAGACUUCAUCAUCACUCAUUGAUUGGGCGAUGGUAGAAUUAAUGAGGAACCCUAAUGUGAUGGCCAAGGCACAAGCUGAAGUAAGACAAGUAUUAAAAAGUGGCACCACUCUAGACGAAGACGACGUUCAUAAACUAAAAUAUCUGAAACUAGUGGUCAAAGAGGUUUUGAGGCUACACCCUCCAAUUCCGAUGGUGCCUAGAGCUUCGAGGGAGGUGCAGGAAAUCAAAGGAUACGUGAUACCUGCUGGUGUUAAGGUGAUGGUGAACAUUUGGGCAAUGCAUAGGGAUCCAAGCUUCUGGAAAGAUCCAGAAAGGUUCGAGCCCAAGAGAUUCGAGAAUCAAGCCUUGGAAUUUACUGGUGGUGAUUUUCAAUUCUUGCCAUUUGGAAGUGGAAGAAGAAUGUGCCCUGGGAUCACGUAUGGUUUGUCUAUUGUGGAGUUGGCUUUAGCUCAAUUGCUCUACAACUUCGAUUGGAAGCUUCCAGAAGGAGUGAGGCCAGAAGAUUUGGACAUGGUUGAGAAUGAUGGUCUUACAGCUUCGAGAAAAGACAAAUUAUUUGUGGUCGCCACUCCGUAUCAACCAUAAUUUAGUUUGAGGUGUUUGUAAUGGAUCUGUGAUGUGUGCUAGUAUUUGUAAUGAUAAUGAUGCUCUAUAUAUGAUAAAUAAUGGAUGUUUCAUUUGUGCA